CUGUCAUUUUCCAUUUUUUUGGUCUUUCUGCUUUUCUCUUCUCUGCUCUCCUUAUCUUUAUUAUUUUUAUUAUUUGUGAUUUAAUACAAAAACACUCACUAAUAUUUUUCUAUCCCUUUCUCAAUCAUGUCCCUCAACUCUGCCACCGCCUCCAUCCCUUCGUCUGAGAUCUCUCACGACCGCGUGUGGAACUUUUCUGCCGGGCCGUCAGUCCUCCCGCUCUCCGUUCUCGAGGAGGUCCAGCGUGACCUGCUGAACUACAAGGGCGAGGGCAUGUCCGUGCUCGAGAUGUCCCAUCGCUCAAAGGUCUACGGAAACAUCAUCAGCGAUGCCGAGGCCACCCUGCGCCGCGUGCUCAAGGUACCCGACAACUACUCGAUUCUUUUUCUGCAGGGCGGCGGCACCGGCGAAUUUGCCGCCGCUUAUCUGAACCUAAUGGCAUGCAAGUCUGUGCGCGAAAAGCAGCGCAAACUGGGCAGACAGCUGGCUUGCGACUAUAUUGUCACUGGCGGAUGGUCCAAGAGCGGUCUGAAGGAGACCAAGCGGCUUGGUGGCAUUACCAACGUUGUGCUUGACGGUGUCAAGUCGGCGGCCACUGGCGAGGUUACUUACAACAGCUUGCCGCCUGUGUCAGAGUGGAAUCUGGGAAAGCCUGAGGAGACCGCGUUCCUGUACUACUGUGAGAACGAGACGGUCCACGGCGUCGAGACCCCGGCCAACUACGUGGUUGACGCCGUCGAUCCUUCGGUGCCUGUCAUCUGCGACAUGUCUUCAAACAUGCUUUCGCGGCCAAUUGACAUUAGCCGCUUCGGCGCCAUUGUCGCCGGUGCGCAGAAGAACAUGGGCCCCGCUGGUGUGUCCAUUGUCAUUGUGCGCAAGGAUCUGCUUGAGCGUGACGAGGCCGAUCCCGGGAUCACGCGCAACAUUCCCUCGAUCCUCGACUGGUGCUAUUAUGACGGCGCCGAAUCGAUGCCGCACACGCCGCCGACGUUUACGAUCUAUGUCUGCGGGCUGGUGUUCAAGUGGGCCGAGAACCUGGGCCUUGAGGCGCUCGAGAAGCUCCGCGAGACGCGCUCGGGCCUGGUCUACGACAUGAUCGACGCCCACCCGGAGUUCUUCCACGGCCUUGUCGACAAGAAGUUCCGCAGUGCGAUGAACCUCGUGUUCACCCUGCCGACGCGCGAGCUCGAGGCCCAAUUUAUUUCCGAGGCUGCCGAGCGCAACAUGGUUCAGCUCAAGGGCCACCGCAGUCUCGGUGGCAUCCGUAUUUCGCUGUACAAUGCGAUGCCUAUCGAGGGCGUCAAGACCUUUGUCAUUUUCAUGAAGGAGUUUUAUGAGAAGAACGUCCAGUAAGCUCCAAAGAACAAGAUGUAUAACUUUUUUGCACAAUGUACUUUAUUUAGAGUUUUAGUAUAUUUAUAAUUGACACUGAAUAUGGCACUUUUCUGCCUUAAAACUGCGUUCUCUAGCUGGGCUAUAUGUAAUAAAACUUAUUCGUACUAA